AUGACGCGAAAGUUGCGGUCAUGCCCCAAGCGUCACUUAGAAGACGCCAAUCGUUUAGCUCAUAGAAAUGGUGCGAUAACAGUUGUCGACAAGUAUCGUUAUCUUCAUCAAGAGUCUAUUGGAUCCGGAGCGUUCAGUAACAUAUUUGUCGCAAUCAAAGAUGAAAACGUCGACAACAUAUCUGGUACCAUUCAGUGUCGGGCAUAUGCUUUGAAACGAAUCGAUAAAGCAAGGAUUACUCCUGAAGAAAUCAAACGCGAAACGACUGCAUUGCUUUCUUUGUCUGGCAAAUGUGAGAAUAUCAUCAAGUAUCACGAUUCUCUGGAAGAUACAUUCUUUCAGUAUCUUGUCCUUGAUUUAAUGGAUGGUGAUCUUAAUGAAUUCGUUGGCAACAUGGAAGCCAACUCGGUUCUAAGGAACGAUCCAAGUCAAUGUGUAGAAGUAACAAAACAGAUCAUCAAUGGAUUGGCGUUCCUGCAUCACAAUGGUUUCAUCCAUCGCGAUCUCAAACCUGGAAACAUCCUGUAUUCAACGGAGCAUCAUCUGCAUUUCAAAAUUGCAGACUUUGGACUUGCUAAAGAUAUCUCGGCUUUAUCGACCAUGACCUCGACACGUGGAAAUGCGGUUUUAAUGGUAGCUGGCGACGAACGUCCUCACGUUGUUGAAAGGAACAUCGAAGAGAUGAACGGCAACCUUAAAAAUGAUCUUCAUCCCGAAGCGAAAAGUUUUCUUGGGGCAUUGUUGAAUGUACAGCCAUCGAGAAGAACACCAGCAGCGUAUCUCAAUCAACAUCCUUUCCUCUGGAGUGACCACAAGAAGAUGGAAUUUCUCAGAGCAGUUGGCGAUCAACCAGAAGCUAUAAAACCGGGAAAUAAUUACUGCAUGGAAACAGAAAACUACAGAACAAAUAAUGUGAUCGAUCUGGUAAGAUUCAUUCGUAAUGCUUACGCGCACAAACAAGAAAGAUCAAUUUGGUUUCAACAAGUGCUGGACAACAGCAUCUUUCUUCGAAAAUUUCCACGUCUUGUUCUCGAUGUGUUUGGUGUUGUACAACGAUUAGAACUUGAAUCUCGAAACACCAUUCAUUCAGCUUUAAGCUUGUGA